GACACACAGCCGCCGAGCGGAGAGAGGAAGCGGCAACGACGAGAGAGACGAGCAGCGGGUGUUUCCUCCUCUUCCUCCUCCUCCUCCUCACAACCAGCUAUGCUCCUCUCGCCGGCGUCGCCUUCUCUCCGGUGUCCGCUUCCCAGUCGCUGAAUGGCGCUGGUUACCGUGCAGCGAUCCCCGACCCCCAGCACCAGCUCCAGCCCCUGCGUGUCGGAGUCGGGGAGUGGGGAAGAUGACCGCCGCUCUCAGCCGAGGAGCAUCAGUGAAAGUUUCCUGACAGUCAAAGGAGCCGCUCUGUUCUUACCUCGAGGAAAUGGCUCCACCUGUUCUUCUGCCUCUCGCUUUUCACAGCUGCGCAGCAAACAUGCAGGAGACAUCCAGCAGCACCUGCAAACCAUGUUCACUCUCCUCAGACCGGAGGACAACAUCAAACUGGCGGUUCGACUGGAGAGCAUCCACUCGGGCAUCACCCGCUACAUGGUGGUGGUGUCAACCAAUGGUCGUCAGGACACGGAGGAGAGCGUGGUGCUGGGAAUGGACUUCAGUCCCGUAGAUAGCUCAUGUUCUGUCGGGCUGGUUUUGCCCUUAUGGAGCGACACGUUGAUACAUCUGGAUGGAGAUGGGGGUUUCACUGUGUCAACUGAUAGCAGAGUGCUUGUCUUCAAGCCGGUUUCUGUGCAAGCCAUGUGGUCGGCCCUCCAGUCCCUCCACAAAGCGUGUGACGUGGCUCGUUGUCAUAACUACUUCCCUGGCAGCUUGUUCCUCACCUGGGUCAGCUACUAUCAAAGCAGGGUCUCCUCCGACCAAGUCCGCAUCAAUGAGUGGAACACCAUGCAGGAUCUGAUGUCGCACCGUGCUGACUCACCCGUCCUCUUCUCCGAUGCACCUACAGAGAGAGAGCUGACCGAGCGGCAGAUCAAAACCAGUCUGAGAGAAAUCAUGAUGCUGAAAGACCUGGAGAAUGUGACCUGUAAAGAGAUCCGAACGGAGCUGGAAAUGCACAUGACGUGCAACCUGAGAGAGUUCAAGGAGUACAUCGACAACGAGAUGAUUGUCAUCCUGGGCCAGAUGGACAGUCCCACAGAGAUCUUCGAUUACGUCUUUUUGGGAUCUGAGUGGAAUGCAUCCAAUUUGGAGGAGUUGCAGAACCACGGGGUUCAGUACAUCCUCAAUGUAACGAGGGAGAUAGAUAACUUCUUCCCUGGUGUAUUCGAGUACCACAACAUCCGCGUGUAUGACGAGGAGGCCACCGACCUGCUCGCCUAUUGGAAUGACACCUACAAGUUUAUUACUAGAGCCAAGAAAGCUGGAUCCAAGUGUCUGGUGCACUGUAAAAUGGGGAUAAGUCGCUCUGCUGCCACCGUGAUCGCAUACGCCAUGAAGGAGUUUGCAUGGGAUUUGAAAAAGGCCUUCGAUUAUGUCAAGGAGCGUCGAGCUGUGACCAAACCUAACCCCUCUUUCAUGAGACAGCUGGAGGAGUAUCAGGGAAUACUGCUGGCCAGCCGGCAGAGGCACAACAAACUGUGGCGCUCUCACUCCGACAGCGACUUGUCCGAGCACCACGAGCCACUGUGCAAAUCGUUAGGUCAGCCGCACAGCCUGGGUCGCUCUGACCCUCACAACCAGGCCAGCAGCGCGCCCGGUCCCUCUGUGAAAGAACUGCUGGAGUCAUUGGGAACUUCAGCCAGGGCUGGCAAAGCAACACGCUCCACCAGCCAGUCUGACACCGGCAUCCAGUCCAAUCCGCUCAGCUCUUCAUCCUUCCAGGGGGCUGCAGCUCUCUCAGGUGAUGCUGUCCCUCGCGGCCUGGAGAUCCCUCGUUUUGUUGCAGCUCAGAGACGCCAGCUGGAUCCCCCCCGUCCUGAAUCCACAGCUGGCUCCGUUUCUCCGUUAUCUCCUCGGCUGUCCAAUGGCUUAUGUGACGCUGAGGAGCCGGCGUCAUCACCUCCUUUAUCCCAGCCGAGGGCCGCCACCGUGGUGCCUGAGCCUCAAAAGACAGAUACGGUGACUGUUGCACAAAGUGUCUCGGUGGGCCAGCCUCACCCGCCCCCCUCUCUUCACCACCUCCCCCUCUCUCCCGCUCCGGCCCCAGCCUGCACGGACGAGGUUAUCCGACCACCGGUGUCAUCCUGCCCUCAGCCUGUGACAAAAAAGAUUCUAGUGUCCGUGCCUGAGCCCAUGGCAACACAAACACCAAGCACACUAUCAGCUGGACCCCAGGGUCUGUCUGUACCAGUGCCUGUCAAAAAUCCAGACUGUGACCAGCAGCUGUGUGGCUCGUCUUUGGACGGUUCAGCAGCUCAUCCUCCCUCCACCAGUGAUUUCGUCAGCCAUCCCAGUGCCAUUCCUCAAGACGGUGAAGUGUUGGUCGGCCCCAGUGCGGAUCACAUUAACUUUUUCAGUGCCAGGGAAAAGUUCAAGGGGAUGAGUCAAGACGGUAAAACUCCCUGUGCUGCAGUGCAGCAGUCGCCCCUGGUGAAGAGUUGUGCCAAGGAACAGCAGCCGCAGCCUGAGGAGGUCUCCACGGAGGAGGAGAAAGGAAAGGAAUUUAUUGUCCCUGUGCAGGCCACAGGACUGAAGGCUGCAGUGCUCACAGAGACUUCAUCUACUGGCCCUCAACCACAGCCUCAGGGCCCUCGGGACCAGGAGGUGAGGGCGUCUACGCAGGAAAUGGAGGAUAGAAAUGAUUCAUUGCAGAAGGAGGCUGACAAUGUAAAAGAGGAAGUGAAGAACAAAGAAGAAGAGGAGGAGGAGGAAGAAGAUCCUGCUCGAAUCUACAGCGAUUGGACGAGGGGCUCUGUGCGGCGCGUCACACGACAGCUGGAGCAAAAAAUGAAAAUGGAGCACACGACUCCAACAACCUCCUCCUCAUCGCCACCAUCCCUCUCUGCUGGCACGUCCUGCUCCCAGCGGCCGGCGCCCAGCAUCCAUCCUGUGGCUGCGUCUCUAUUGCAGGACGGGUCUGAUUGCUCGCAGGAGUCAAUCGUUGGCACUGAGCAGGAGGACGGACCAGUGAAAAGGGAGAGUGGUAAUGUCGUUGAGAUGGGAGCACUAGGAACUAAUGACAGAAGCACAAAAGGACACAAACUCCAGCCUGCUGAUGGUAGAUUGCUCUCUACCUCUUAUCCUUUCAACCACUUUGCCCACUCUCCCUUUGCCUCCGUGAACUUUCUGUGUCUGGAGGGCGUGACGGAGCUCGAGUCAGGCACCGACUGGGACUGCCCCCCAGAAGGACCCCACAGUGACAUUAUCAUGAGGGAGACGUGGGAGACCCUGUGUGAGCUGGGUGCCUUCCUGCAGCAGGUGAGCACGGCCGGAGCCUACAAGACCAGUUGUGUGGACCAGUUCUUCGGCCUCAGUGCUGGAUCCUCUCAGAAGAGAAGUAGCAGCAUCCAGAAGAGGGUCCGAGAGGUGGAGGCCAGGAUUCGCCAGGCAGGGCUGACCCCCCCGUCCCUCAUGAAGCGCUCAGCCUCUCUGGCCAAACUGGGCUGCCUGGAGCUGCUCGCCAACGACCUGAGCGAGUGGGAGCUCAGCCGCUCGCCCGUCUCGCUGCUGUCAGAACAACAUCCAGUUCACACGAGCGACGAGUCCAAGAAGCAGCGGGUGCACAACUCUCCCUCCGAGGCCGACCAGCAGCCAGAGGUCCUGGAGGUUGACGUGGAGGGGGUUUCUGAAGCUGGAGAAACCUCAAGAGGAAUCCCUCCGCCCUCAUAUCAGAGUCAGCAGAGAGGAGACGUCGGCAGCAUCAGUCCCGAUUCCCUGCAUUCACAUGCGCUGUCGCUCAUUGCCACAAGGCAGCAGUACGGGAGGACUCACCCCCUGACCCGGCUCAAGAAAAGAACUGUCAGCUCCCUGUACCACACCAUGUAACCCUCACAGUGUGUGUCCGUGUGUGUGUGUGUGUGUGUGUGAGAGAGAGAGAGAGAGAGACAGGGAUAAUGUGCACCUGUGAGAGAUGGAGAUUUAGUGUAUAUGUUGGAUCUAUUCAGCAAAACAAACCAAUGCCUCUUGCCUUAAAGGAUAUGUUCAAUAGUUUCCGUGUGUUUUUUUCUUGCAGAUCCACAACGAGCCUCUGUGAAAUCUGCGUUAGGAGAUAUUUGUUUCGGUGGAAGGGCAGUGGCGAGGCUAUGAAGGUUCCGAUUAAGUAACACAAAGAGUCAAAUUGGAAGAUUUCAAACAGCAGCUAACACAAUCCUCCAGAUGUACGUGGGUAACUCUGUUCAAAAGCUAACAAGCCUGAGCCUGCACAAAAUCGCUGGUUUCUCCGUCAACAUUUUGAUAUUUACUGAAUUGCUGUCGGUUGACUGAAAAGUUCGGCCUGAUGUUAGGUGGAAUGUAGCCUAUGUUUUCCUCUUCUUGUGCUCUCAUCUCUCUCCAUCAGCAUUUACCAGUUGUGCUGCGGAGUUUAAACGACACGGCUGUCCUCCUGGUGCAAUGUGACCACGAAUGAAUCUGCCCAUCAUCAACUCAACGCUCACACAAACGUCUUUUAAAGAUUAUUUAUGUAUAAACUUUGGCUCAUUUGGCAAAAAUACACAAAGUAUAUUAUUAAAUUAUAUUCUGCUGUACUUUAAUGUUUGAAUUGUGCUGGCAGCAUCAGAUCUAACCGCUCAGGUGGAACCGCGGACGCUUAUAGAUCAGUGUUUUAUCCCCAAAGACAGUUGUUCCCGGAUCAGGUGACGGAGCGUAGUCAUUGAAACUUUGCAAAGAGAAAGAGGCAAGCUGUUUAUUUCAUGUUUGUUUUGACGACACCAUACCUCAGUACGUCUGAACCGAAUCGGACCUGCAGAAACGUCAGGCUCCGGAUUCCCUGGAAUGUCCGUCUCAAUCAGAAACAAUUCGCAUUUCACUACUUGACAAACUGAACUCGUCUCUCUCGUGUCCUCCGAUGCCACUAGGACUAGAUGUUUGUUUUUCCGUACGUGUUGCUGUGUGUGAGAACGCUUAGGUUAGGGGGGGUUGGGUUUUCUGCUUUGUUCUCUUUUAAGAAGUAAAGGUCUUUAUUGUGAGUGUUGACAUUUAAUGAACUGUACAUGUUUUUAUAUCUGGUCUGUGUGUGUGUCUGUGUGUGUGUGUGUGAUUGCGACUGUGUAGCACAACUUUUACCAUGUGGGCGUGUACAUUUUUUAAAAUUCUGGAUCGUUAUCUCCUUUGUACACGUUGAAGGAGUGUGCCUGUGACUGGCAAGUGAAACUUCUCUGCAGUCUAUCAGAAAUGUCUGUACAGAGACGACUGUCAUACAUGCACUUUACUCCCUUUUUAAUUUUAAAUGUGGCUUAAUUUUUAAUGUUUUUUUAAUGUGUGGUUGCUACUUUUGAGGAGCAUGCUUAGAUUGUAGAAGCUGUUGGGUAUGUGUGUGUGUGUUGUCAAAAACCUUUUUCUUUAUUUUAAACUAUCAGUGUAAAUAUUCUUUUAUAUCAUGUGCUUCAACUGUGACCAUUAAACAAUGGAAAUGAGUC